GCAGGCUUUGACGCACUUUAUGGCCAUGUCUUCUGUAUAGGUGGCACUCUUGAGUAUUUGCUGCGAGGUCUUUCUCUAGAAACUGUUCAAACUCUUGGACGUUGGGCCAGUGAUGCUUUUCAUGUGUAUCUCUGCAAACACUCACAAAUUCUUGCCCCUUAUGUC